AUGCCUCAUUUCCUUGGUACAAACGACUAUGAAGGCUCCGACACCGCCCUUGGGAGCCAUCUUCGUCUUGAUGCGAUGACACUAUCACAGCGAAUACUCGGGGUGAUAUCGCGUUACAGAUCGCCGCUACCUCUGGAUGCGCAAGAUCGCAGUGAUGAGGGAGCACUGCAUUUCCUGGCCCUUAUUUACCGAUCCGUCAAGAAUAAUGAGCCAGUGCGUAUGGUAUUACCAGCUUUCCCUUUCAAGAGCCCGAACAGCGACACCAAGGUACUGGGUACUCUUCCCGACAAAGCGGAAGAAAUAGCUCUGGCGCAUCUGAAUGGACUUUGCGCCGCGGUCAAGGAUAUGUACCCUCCUGGCGCGAUUCUGACUAUCGUUUCCGAUGGCUUGGUGUACAACGACCUCCUCGGUGUGCCAGAACACGUUGUGUGGACAUACGGCCAUUCGUUACGGCAGCUCACCAAAGACAAAGGGUACAGUCAUAUCGAGUUCGCACGACUCAAAGACCUCCUCGGCAUUCCAAACCUCAGUGACGAGAUGAACGCCAUGACGUAUGCCGCUGUCGCUCCCUCGAUACGACUUGCACUGAUGCAUCGCUACGGGAACUUCAACUGGGACGCUGGAUUCGGAGAUUCGUACGUCAACAACGACGAAAAUAAGCGCCUCACGUAUUGCGGAUAUCUCAAGUUCCUCACGUCGGACCUUGCGAGCAUCUACCCUAUUGGACCUGGGCGAACGAAGAGCGCUUUCAAGAAGGGCGUCGAGAUAAUUGCAAAGAGCAUGCUCAAGCGUGGAGAGGCGUUCGCGAAAGCCGUGAAGGAGAACUAUCCUGACCAUGUUAGGUUAUCGAUCCAUCCAAGUACAGGCGAAGAUAAGAUCUCUAUCAACAUCCUCCCUAUCCAGAAAGUCAUCACCCCGUGGCACAGCGCAGUAGCAGUUACUGUCAAUGGUACUGUCAUGGCAGGACAGCGCAGGAAGUUUGAAGAGGAUCCAAACAUGGAACUGGUGUACGAAGAUGGCAGGCCCAGCUACUUUCGAGAAAGAUCGCCACUGUACCAGUGGGAUUGCUCGCGUGCCGUAACUUUCGAGCCAUUGUACCCUUGUGGAGUGCUGAUCCGACCUUCUGAGAAUGCGAAAACGUUAACGAUCGAAGAUGUGGAUGCGCACAAAGUGCGUGAGCUCGCCCAACACAACUCACCCGUGAUUCUGCGAGGGUUCGCGCGGACGAAGAACCGAGAUGCAUUCCUUGCCAAGUCUCACGAGCUAGGCAUCCCAACGCCAUGGAAGUUUGGGCUCAUACUCGAAGUCAGAGAUCGCGGCAACGAAGGUCAGGGCCUCAACAAUGUAUUGAGUCAAGAAUGGAUGCCAUUCCAUUUCGACGGCCUGUUCAAGACAGAAAAGCAUAUUCGUACCACGAGCGAUGGCCGCAAGAAAAGACACGAUUUGAUCCCACGGAAGUAG